AUGAUUACUGAACAGAGCAAUAUGUUCAUCAAUAACAGUGCAAGGUAUUUACUCAAGAAAAAGGUAGAUGAGUUAUUUCUUGAGGACUUUGGCAAGAAAGCUGAGGAUUUAUUUCUGAAAUUGGAUCGCAACCCCAUAGCUGCUGCAAGUCUGGCACAGGUACACAGAGCAGUCACCCAUGAUGGAAGAGAGGUGGCUGUGAAGAUUCAGUACAUUGACCUUCUGGACAGAUAUGAUGGAGAUCUGUGGACAUUAAAACGUUUACUUCAAGUGAUUGCAUGGAUGCAUCCUUCUUUUGCAUUUGCUUGGGUUCUAGAUGUAAGUUCUGAGGGUGAUCAUCGAAAACUUCUAACAACUUACAACUAA